AUGCCCGACAUCUACCCCAACGGCUCCGACCAUCCCUUCACUUCCGGCGCCCACUCUCCCGAGCACCACCAGCGCCCCUCAACCUCGUACUCGGACACGGGCUUCUCGUCGCGCCCUUACUCGUCCGACCACAACAACGGCACGCCGCAGAGCUACAACGCCUUUGUGCCCUCGGACACGGACACGCCGCCGCGGGGGGGCUUCAACGGUUACAACAACGGCUACGGCCACCAGAGCCGCCCGCAGUCGCGCCCUUCGUCCGGCCUCGCCUACACCAAUCCCGACGGCACCAGAUCCUCGGUCUACCAGGACCAGAAUUCGCGGGGCUCGGCGCAGAUGGCGGACAAGCAGAGCACGAGCGUGGUCAUCAAGGUCGGCAUGGUGGGCGACGCGCAGAUUGGCAAGACGAGCUUGAUGGUCAAAUACGUCGAGGGCAGCUGGGACGAGGACUACAUCCAAACGCUGGGCGUCAACUUCAUGGAGAAGACGAUAUCCAUUCGCAACACGGAAAUCACUUUCAGCAUAUGGGACCUGGGCGGCCAGCGCGAGUUCGUCAACAUGCUGCCGCUCGUGUGCAACGACGCCGUCGCGAUCCUCUUCAUGUUCGACCUGACGCGCAAGAGCACGCUCAACUCGAUCAAGGAAUGGUACCGCCAGGGCCGCGGCUUCAACAAGACGGCCAUUCCCUUCCUCGUCGGCACCAAAUACGACCACUUUGUCAACUUUCCGCGCGAAGAGCAGGAGGAGAUUUCAAAUCAGGUGUGUAGCGCCAAGCGCUUCGCCAAAGCCAUGAAAGCUUCGCUCAUCUUCAGCAGCACCAGCCACAGCAUUAACGUGCAAAAGAUCUUCAAGAUCGUCCUGUCCAAGGCGUUCGACCUGCGCUGCACGAUUCCCGAAAUCGAAAACGUGGGCGAGCCGCUGCUGCUGUAUCAGUCGGUGGGCUGA